AUGUGGCGUGUUGAAACAAUAGUUUACCAAUGUGAUGCAACUGAUUCAUGUGGUUGUUCGAAAAACGAUGCUGUUUUGACACGAAUUAUUGGUGGUGAAACAGCUGUCAGUGAAAGUUGGGGCUGGAUAGUUUCUCUUCGAUUUUUUAGCACACAUAUAUGUGGUGGAUCUAUAAUAAAUCCAAAUUAUGUUUUGACAGCGGCACACUGUAUUAAAGCAAUAACAAAUUUCAAAUACGCAGAAGUUGUGGCUGGCAUAGAUACAAUAUCACAACGAAAUGGCCAAGUACGAAAAAUAAAUAAAUAUUGGGUGCAUCCCAACUAUAAUAGGAUAACAUACGAAAAUGAUAUAGCGAUUAUUAAAUUAUCAAAACCGUUGAAAUUAAAAGACAAAAUAUCAAAAGUAUGUUUACCAACUGCAAAUUAUUCUACUCUGCAAGAAUAUCCUGUACCUGGAAGCAACUUAGUUGCUAUCGGUUGGGGAGCGAAAAGCACUACAUUUUCGGAUAGCUCGGACACGCUGCAACAAGUGACAGUUCAAGCUGUAUCAAAAUUGGCAAGUACAUGUACAAUUACCAUAAAAAAUCCGGCAUUACAAUUUUGUGCCGGCGUAAAUCAAGGAGGAAAAGAUACGUGUCAAGGUGAUUCAUAA